CUCCUUCUCUUCGCGCCCCCCCCCCCCCCCCAUCUGCCAGCGCGGAGUUGGCGGCGGCGGCGGCAGCCUCGGGCUUUGUCCCCGCGCCCCCCCUCCGCGCCCCCUCCCGCGGGGCCACCGCCAGCGGCCGAGCCCUGCUCCGCGCCCCCGGCCCGCGCCGCCCCGCCCGUCGCCCCCGCGCGCCCCCCUCCCGCUCGCCGCCCGCCCGCCCGCCCGGAGGCGCCGCCGGCAGCGCCGCCUCCGCCCGCGGGGCCCGGGCCGUGCCGGGGGAGGAGGGGGAGCAGCGCCGCCGCCGCCGCCGCCGCGGCCGGGCCCGUCCCCCACCGCCUCCCCCGAACACCAUAGGCGGCUCCGGCACCAAGAUGUCCAACCGGGUGCUCUGCCGGGAGGCCAGCCACGCCGGCAGCUGGUACACAGCCUCAGGACCCCAGCUGAAUGCACAACUAGAAGGUUGGCUUUCUCAAGUACAGUCCACAAAGAGACCUGCUAGAGCCAUUAUUGCACCCCAUGCAGGAUAUACCUAUUGUGGAUCUUGUGCAGCCCAUGCUUACAAACAAGUGGAUCCUAAUAUUACCCGAAAAAUUUUCAUUCUUGGGCCUUCCCAUCACGUGCCCCUUUCCCGAUGUGCACUUUCCAGUGUGGACAUUUACAGAACACCUCUGUAUGAUCUUCGAAUUGACCAAAAGAUUUAUGGAGAAUUGUGGAAGACUGGAAUGUUCGAGCGUAUGUCCCUACAGACAGAUGAAGAUGAACAUAGUAUUGAAAUGCAUUUGCCUUAUACUGCUAAAGCCAUGGAAAGCCAUAAGGAUGAGUUUACUAUUAUUCCUGUGUUGGUCGGAGCACUGAGUGAGUCAAAAGAGCAGGAAUUUGGAAAACUCUUCAGUAAAUACCUAGCUGAUCCUAGUAACCUCUUUGUGGUUUCUUCUGACUUUUGCCAUUGGGGUCAGAGGUUCCGUUACAGUUACUAUGAUGAGUCCCAAGGAGAAAUUUAUAGAUCCAUUGAGCACCUAGAUAAAAUGGGUAUGAGCAUUAUAGAGCAGCUAGAUCCUGUAUCUUUUAGCAAUUACUUGAAGAAAUACCAUAAUACAAUAUGUGGAAGACAUCCUAUUGGUGUAUUAUUAAAUGCUAUCAACGAGCUCCAGAAGAAUGGAAUGAAUAUGAGCUUUUCAUUUUUGAAUUAUGCUCAGUCAAGCCAGUGUCGAAACUGGCAGGACAGCUCAGUGAGUUAUGCAGCUGGAGCACUUAUGGUCCACUAAAGCGCUGAAUGCUCAGGGAUGGCACCUGCACACACUCUGUAUACGGGGUCCUAGCCUAGCCCUUACAAAGAUACAGUCCCUGGUCUUUGGGUAUACUGAAACCUCAAACUAAUAGAACUCUCUUCUUUUCUAGUAGGUGUAGUCCUUAGUUUCAACUCAUUUAAAAAUGCUUUCUUGUUUAGGACAAUGGAAGGAAGGCUGGUAUCGAAACAUUUUGUGAAUUUUUUUUUGGUUGUUUUGGGUUUUUUUUGGUGGGAGGGGAAGAUAAUGGCUGUGAAGGCAUGGUGGCAGACAGUCCUUACAAAUACAACAUGUAAAGCAUUUACCAUAUCCUAAAUUUGCACUCUUUGCAGACCUGUGCACAUGUACUCAGCUUUCAGAAUAGUUUUGCAAGUUGGAAACGGAAAAAGGGGUGGAAGCUUUUUAUUAAAAGGAAAAAGGAAAACAACGCAUUUAUAAAUGAUCCUGUAUUAGAAUAUAAUAAAACUCCAGUAUAGUCAGUUACUACCCGUGAUGUACAACAGAUAUCUUCUAUUUUAGUUGCUAAUAAAGGGCUACACAAACCAAAAUAGUCUGAUUUAAACUUAUUGCUUUGUGUUCUGUAUGUGGCUGCUUGUCAUUAACAUCCUUUAUCCUCAGUUCUUAUGCUUGAUAAUUCAGCCAUUCUGUAAAAUACUUUAAAAUGUAUUUUAUAUUUGACAUUUGUAAUGACUACUUCAUUUACAGAUUUUUUUAAUCUUAAACCUGCACUACGAGUUCAGCUGUGCAAAAUAAUUUUAAAAACCUUUUGUAUAUUCUCGCUCUUUUUGUUCUACAAUUAUCUAUAAAACAGUAUCCUUUAGUAUUUGAUACAAAUUUCUAUCAGAAAUAGACUUUUAAUGAUUUUUAUGCUCAGUUUGAUUAUUAAAGUGAAAUGGAUGCAGUAUUUGUAUUUGAAAUGACAUAAAAUUGAAAAGAAACAGUAGCUUGAAUGAUAGUUCUUAGAGUAUCUAUCCAGUAUUCAUAGGCCACAGAAGCCAUACAGUGCUAAGCUCAAGCAAUUAUUCCACAAAGAUUUAAUUGGGAGGGGAAGGUAAGGCUUCUCUUUAUUUUUAUUUUUUAUUCUUUAUUCUUUAUCAUUUGAUUGUGGGCAGAACUGUUUCAUGUUCUUUAAACAUCAUCACAUCUUAGGAGUUCUUGAACAUUGUUCCAGUCAAAAUAAUGGUGUAAUUAUUUGAGUUUUUAUCAUUCCUGAAGGCUUCCUUUUUGUUCUAAUAAGAAAUGCAAAGUAGGAUGGCAGUACCGGCUCAUUAUCUAAAUGGAGAUUUCGUUCCCUGAUAUUUCACUUGCUGCCAAGCAACCUCCUGGUCCAUUCAGCUUUUCUGCAUGGCAGAGGGGAAUUUCAGAAUUCAAUUUAGAUUAUCUUUGAAAGUUGUGGGAGUUGCUGCAUACAAAGUCUU